AAAAUUUACAAGACUUAAAGAGUGUUUUUGUAUUUAAUGUUCCUGAAAGAGAGUUUCUAGACAGGCCAACAGCACGGCUCAUAAAAGAAUUUGACCAGUUGGAGGUGUUGUUCAGACUCUGAUGACUGGCAGAGUAAACUAGAGAGAGGAUGCGACUUCGAAGAAAAAAGUUAUUUUCAAAAAACAUUGGAAGUCAGCAUGGCAUUGUGUCUGAUACUCGAGAAAAUUCUCUGUACAAUGCUAUCUGGGCAGCUCAGGCACUUCUUCGUAAAGGGUCAGCAAAGACAGUUGACAAACGCAUACUUCUGUUCACAAAUGAUGAUGAUCCUUUUGGUAGUAUCAAAGGGGCUGCAAAAUCAGAUAUGAUAAGAAUGACCCUGCAGAGAGCUAAAGAUGCACAGGAUCUUGGAAUUUCUAUUGAAAUUCUUCCCUUGAGUUGCCCCGAUGGAGUGUUCAAAAUAUCUCAAUUCUAUGCUGAUUUGAUUGGGUUGGAAGGAGAUGAUCUCGUUGACUUUAUGCCAGAAGCAGGAAAGAAAUUGGAAGAUAUGAAAAGUCAGUUAAGGAAACGCAUGUUUACGAAGCGCAUUGUCAAAAGACUUAAAUUCACCAUAGUUAAUGGGAUAUCCAUAGAACUUAAUUCUUAUGCUUUAGUUCGUCACACUGAGCCAGGAGCUGUCACAUGGCUUGAUUCUGUUACUAAUCUUCCUUUGAAGAUUGAAAGAACUUUCAUAUGUGCUGAUACUGGUGCAGUGGUGGAAAAUCCUACUAAACAGUUUUUACCUUAUAAAAGCCAGAAUAUUAUAUUUUCGAUGGAGCAACUAUCCGAAAUUAAAAGAAUUUCAACUGGACAGCUUAAUCUUUUAGGGUUCAAGCCACUGAGUUGCUUGAGAGAUUAUUACAACUUGAAGCCAUCGAGUUUCCUUUAUCCUAGUCAUGAGGGUACAGACAGCAGCAUGUGCAUCUUCAUUGCCCUUCAUAGGUCCAUGAUAGAACUCAACCGUUUUGCUGUUGCUUUUAGUGGUAGUUCUUCUCGCCCUCAAUUAGUUGCUCUCAUUGCACAGGAAGAAGUUAUUCAAUCCGGUAGUCAGAUUGAGCCACCCGGAAUGCAUAUGAUUUAUCUUCCAUAUUCUGAUGACAUCAGACUUGUUGAAGAGCGUUAUUCUGAUACAAGUGGGAUGGUGACUAAAGCAAGUAGUGAUCAAAUAAAAAGGGCAGCUGAUUUAAUUAAGCGUGUUGACUUGAAAGAUUUUUCUGUAUGCCAAAUUAGCAACCCUGCCCUGCAAAGACACUAUGCUGUACUGCAGGCAUUAGCAUUGGAAGAGGAUGAUGUUCCAGAAAUGAAAGAUGAAACAUUACCUGACGAAGAAGGCUUGACCAGACCAGGAGUGGUGAGGGCAGUGGAAGAAUUCAAAACCUCGAUAUAUGGGGAUAAUUAUGAUGAGCAGAAUGAGCAUGGCAUUGGGAAGCCAACUGAAGCCUCAAAGAAACGAAAAGCAAUGCUAGAGUUUGCAACUACAGAGUGUAAACAAUAUGACUGGGGCGAGCUUGCUGACACUGGAAAGUUAAAGGAUUUGACUGUGGUGGAGUUGAAGUAUUAUCUUACCGCACAUAAUCUUCCUGUUUCCGGAAAGAAGGAGGCUAUAAUUAGCCGAAUAUUAAGUCACAUGGGAAAAUGAGCAAGGGGCCAAAGUUUUCAUUAAUGAUUUUGCAACGUGGAUAACUAGAACCUAAGACUUUUGGCUACAUGGUCUGCUAAAGUUAAUGUUUUGAUAUCUUAUUCUUGAACGUAUGUGGAUAAAAGGGUUAGCUAUACAUUGUAUUAGGGUAUGUAGUAGCAUAGUUUACCGGUUGAAGACAUAAUCUGUGUUAGACAUCCAACCCUGUUUUGAUUAAAUUGCUAGCAUUCCAGUUAUGAUUCAUAACAGGAAAUGACAAAAAUUCUGGCUAUUAAAAGGUGAUUUUUUCCGUUGUCUGAUUUAUAA